AUGUUCGGUAUAGAUCAAGUAACCAUUCAAGAGGGUGUAUACUGCACACAAAAAGCGAAUGGUCAGUUUUUGCAGAGAUCGAACUGUACAAUAAGAUAUGAGAAUCCUGUAAUUGCUGGUGACCUAUCUGGUUAUAUUGGAGUCGUCACACACAAGAAUGGUAGCGAAAGGUACAAAUUCCUAAUUUUAAUAUAGGCCUAAUCAAAAGUUUUUGUGUUGGACUACUAAUUAUGAAUUAGUAAAUAUAGAGAAUAUAUUAUUUGUACUGUAGCAUGGUUGUAUAAAUUUGUAUAUCUUACAUGGCUAUACGCAAAGUGAAAUUUAGUAUAGAUAGCCAAAAUUAUAUGUUGUGCGUGCAAAAAUACUUCGCAAUUCAUCCGUCGGGGCGGAAUAUCGUGAAAAAUAUUCUUUGGGCGUCCAAUAUUAUUGACAUGCCAAAUAUAAUCUCUCUAUGAUGCCCCAAUCUAUUUAGGUACAUUUGAGGGCGUCUUAAAAAUGUAUAAAUGAAAUCAAUAAAUUUAAUUAAAAGAUGUAAAGAGGCUUAAGCGAUUAGGGGAGGUUUGAGAGAAAGCUUUUAAUAGAGAGAAUGCAGUAUAUGACAAUGUGGGAGAGUAGGCCCUAAUAUUAAUUCCAAUGUUGUAGUUGGAUGGUCAGCAAAAAAGGCCUUGGCUUCAGCUGGUCACAUUACGUCCUGAAUUUUGGGGUGUUUUAUAGUACAUAAUGCACAGGCAGAACUUUCUAUAUUACUAAUAUUGAGGAAAUUAAGCAACAUUGGCCUGUCAUACUGUAUUUACGUUUAAACAUAUUAAACAUGUGAUUCAAUUCACAACUGAACCUCUUCAGGGUUUGCUUUAUAAAAAUCGAGCACAUGAUUUACAUCACAAUCUGUACUUGGAUAUAUAAACAAUGUUCGUAGGGUUUAAAAACAGACCAGUAGGAGCCAGGGCCUUUUUCUCUGACCAUCCAGCCAUGGAAGCUAAAAUCCAAGGGUAGGACACAGCGGCCCAGAUUUGUGUAGAGUUGUAUUAGUGUCAUUAUAUAGUAAAUAUAUAAUUAUAGAAUAGAAUAUACAGCAAACUUUGUAAUGAAUUUUAUAUUUUAAAAUUAUAUUUAAUUGCCUAAUUUGAUUGUAUGUGAUUGUCUUUCAUUUCUGGAAGACUAACACUCUAUGCCUGCAGCUGUCAUCAUAGGUGAUAGAAAUAAUAGCAAAGGAUAUUAAUGAUUCCCGUUCUGAAACUGGCAACACAAACACUUCAAUUGAAAAAAUAUUGCUUUGUUAUUGGAAAAAAUUUGCUAGUAAACACCCAUUUUCAAACAUAUAAGGCCAUUUUGACAUUAAAUAAAGUAAAAAAAAAAUUCCGAAAAGACAAGACAUCUCGAGAACACAAUAUAUUAUUUAAAGGCAAGAUGUAUUCAUUCUGUCUAAAGUGGAAAAUUUACAGUCUCAACCUGCGUCUUUUUUUGCUUUAAUUUUUAAAUUGUCAGCUGAUCAUGGUUUUUUAACAUUACAUGUCCUAUAUUUUUUAAACUUAGCCUCCUUUACCAUUUACCAAAACACCUAUUUCCGGCAACAGCCAGCCAAGCAACUGUUCGCAAUAUUUGAAAUAUGAUAUUGUAAUUUGCAAAAAUCUUUUGAUCAUAUUAUAUUAUAUGAUUGAAACUCAAAGAGUUUUGAUAUUUGUAAUAUUUGAUAUUUCAAAUUUCAAAUAAUUGUAAACAGUCGCUAUCACAGCAUUGAUUGGCAGGCUGGUGCGAGAAAUAUGUGUUUGGUAUUUGCAUCCCCCCAUGACCCCCUGACAAUCCAAACGGUGAAUGAAGCAGGCGCUGUAGUAAUUAUCAGACUUUCAAAGUUCAAUAGACUUUGGGUUUCAAACAUUUUGUUAAAAAUCCAUUCUAAAAAUUAUAGGACAUGUAAUGUCAAAAUGGCAUUAUAUGUUUGAAGAUGGGUGUUUAUUAUAUACACUUACAAUUUUUUUUCCAAUAACAAAGCAAUUUAAUUAAAAGGGACAUUUUUAGAGUUGAAGUGUUCAUGUCGAGAUUGUUAGCCAUUGCUUCCAUUUCUAUCACUUAUGAUGACAGUUGCAGGCAUAGAGUGUCACUGUAAGUCGCCCAUGAGAAAUGAAAGGCGAUCACAUACAAUCAAAUUAGGAUUUUAAAAUAUAAAAUCCAUUAUACAUUUUACUGUAUAGUAUAUUCUAUAAUUAUAUAUUUACUACUGUAUAUCAUGACACUAAUAGUAUGACUCUACCCACGUCUGGGCCACCCUGUAGGUCACCUUGCAGUCUAUGCAUGUGGCUUAUUUUUUGCACUUAUGGGCAUAUAUAGACUGAAUAGAGAAUGCAAGUGUAUAAUAUGUCUGUUUACUUGACUAUUCAUAAAUAGUAUUGUUUAAUGCAACUAUAAUAUAAUUAAAAACUUUGUGAAGCAAAAUUAAUGUAAUUUUAAAGUGGCUUUCUGAGGGCCGCACAGAGAAAUCCAGGGGCCGGCCCAAGGCACAUUUUUAAUUCGGGGCCCCUAUUUUUCCAAAAAAUGUUGGCGAGUGAGGGGGAAGUAAGUUCCCAGACAUAUUCAAAAAAAGGGGUUAAAAAAAAAAUUUCCCCAAAAGAUUCAAAAAACGUUUUCAGGACAAAUAGAGUACCUAUAAAAUCACAAAAUCACGGCUAAAAACACAUUUUUUUACCAAUAACAGUAAAAUUAAGGUCUAAAAGAUUUCUCUCAUACCAUUACUAAUACCCCCUUUGCCCCCCCCUUUUGCAAAUUUUGGGGCCCCCUUUAACUGGGGGUCCGGGGCAAAUUGCCCUGUGUGGGUGGCCCUGGUGGCUUUUCAACCGAGGUCUGUGAGAUAAGUUCACAUAACAGAGACUUUGGACAAUUUUUUGUAAAUAGUGUUUUAAUUGUCUACAUUGGUUAAGAGGAGUUUUUUGUAUGUCACGUAACACACGCUCAAAACUAAUGCGUAUAAUAUAUCGCUUGAGGUUAUACAUUCAAAUUUUUUAUUUUUCGACACAUUUCUCAAUCGGCAAACAAACUUAAAAAGUAUGUUUAGUGCUUUAUCUGUAAAAUAAUGCCAAAAUGAAAAGAUUUUAGAUGAUACGCCAAAGAGAAAAUGAUAUCUCAAGUUCAGCAAGUUUUGCUUAUAUGGCUGUAAAUAUGGCAUCAAUUUUAAAGCAUCAUUGAUAUUUGUAUUUUAAUUGACAAUUUUUAACUAUUAUUUUAUGUUUCUCAACCAGCAGAUGCAUUUAAAAAGGUACGUAGCUAACUCUAUAAACUAGAAAAUGAAGCUAAAAACAAAGUAAUUUUGAGAGGAACGCCAAAAAGAUUUUAGGUUUUGAACACUUUUCAUUGCAAAUAUGUGACAUUAAUUGAAAAAAAUUGCCUCUCAACAAGAAUUAGAUGCCACCCAAAUAUUGCGGAUAUUUUUAAUCGCGAGAAAGGCUAAUUACAGAAAUAAAGAUAAUAAAACUUACAAAUUUUGUGUCCAGGAAAUAUAAAUUGCAAUAUGCAUUUAACCUUGGAGAAAAAAAAAACAAGUAUUAAUAAAUACUAUUAUACUAAGAAUUUAGUACCACAAUUUUAAAUUGGUUGGAAGAAAAAGGUGUCAGUGGUCUUUUCUAAUUGUUAUAUUGUAUGCAAUUACAAUGCUGCAUGAGACAAAAGCAAAAGUACCAUUGUUUGGCAUUACCCACUUUUCAACCCAUCCUUGACUUUCAUACUUUAAUACUUCAACAAAUAAGGCUUGUCAGAUUAAAAUUUGUCUCAAGACUAUAAUUUCUUAUAAAAGAAAAUAUGUCUGACAGUGAGAUUAGUUAUUAAAAGGCCCCGUUACUUGAGGAAGGUUUGCAGAAUCCCCCCAAGGGCGAAGCCUGAGGGAAUUCAGCAAACCUGCCGAGGGUAAGGGGUCAUUUAAUCACUAAUCUCCCGAAAAGCCAUGCUAUUAGUUUGUAAUAGCAUAGUUGCGCUCUCAUUUAAAAAUGGACAAACAUGCCCUACUUGCAAUUGGCGAAUUUAAGCUAAAACAUUUGCUUCUUUGCUUGUGGGAUGUAAAAGCUUGUUGCACAUGCGCACUUUUUACGCUUUAAUCGGUUACGCAUGCGCAAUCUAUCAACAAAAACGCUAAAUAUAUCAGUUAAAAUCGGAGACUGCAAUGCAUGCAUAAUUUAAAUGAUGCAACAACUCAGGGAUUGGAUGACAGACUAUAUUGACGGCCCUGAGCUAACUGUUGCUGUUGCUUGCGCGUAGUCAGCAGGGAGACAAAGAGUGUGACCCUUGCCAACGGGCGAUUAGAACUAAUUAGUAAUCGACCCUGUUGAAACAAAAGAAACCCAGGGAACUAUAUGCUAUUAUGUAAAUUAAUAAAUAGUAAUACCAGGGGUUUUGAGUAAUAUUAAAUAAUAUUAGUUUUGUGAAAUUUCAUAGGGAGUUUUACUAUCCAGCGAAAGCAAAAAAAACUAAAGACCGCCAAAAUCUGAAUGAUGCACUAAAUUAUGGUUGCAGUACGUGGAUGACAAAUGUCAUCCACUUACCAUCCUCCACAAUGGAUGGGCUGCUAUGUAAAUUGGAAGAAGACAUAGAUGACCUAAUAUUGAAAGCAGUUAGUAUAGUGGGGAAAAAUGUUGGAAAUGAUGGGCAACCCAUAUGGGUGUUAAACAAAGAGAUUGCCAUUGAUCAACACGGGAACUUGGUUAACAACAUUAAACAACAUGGUUUGGUAUGGCUAAGUCACCUGACUGAAGGCAAUGGUGUUGAUAUUGCCAGGGAAGAAUAUCAAGCGGAUGUUGUACUGCCACUGUCCAACCAAGGAUUCGACACAAUGUGUCAUUUCCUGAAAGGGACUCUCCAUGAAGCUUGCAAAGAGAAUGAUGAGAUGACCCAUUAUUUGGAACAUGUCGGGAUCGAAGUUAGUGGUGAAAUAGAAACUACCACAAUUCAACAAAACAGCAGCAACCAAAAUUUUCUCUCAACAUUUUACUUGAUGUCAAUGGCUUGCAUCAUGGCCAACUAUCAAGAGGUAUAUAAGAGAACAGUUUCAGUUUUACAAUUAGACAAAAUUGUGCCUGAAUUUGAAUCACAUACAAUGCAACAGUUCCAUACUGGGUAGUCCCAAAAAAUAAAAUUUAUGGAUCGAUAACAGGUAUUCAUCAAUUAAUUUCUGUUGAAAAAAAGACAUUGAAAGUAUUUACUAUUACUCAUUCCCCCACUGCAUUAUUUACAUGCAAUCUGAUUCGUGAAUCGUGACGUGCAAUCAUAUUUAUCAUGCAGUCAGGGAAUGAGUACGGUACUGGUAAUACUUUAAAUGGAUUUUAGUAAUUAAUGUUCAGAAGUUAAUUUAUACCACUGAUUUUCGGGCACCCUACCAGGUGUCCCCGGAAGAACCUGCGCUGUUUGAUUUCAUUAUUAGAUAAGUAUGGAGGAAAGGCAAACUUAUAGACCUUGGUGUACAGUCCUAAAAAUGUCAUGUAAAUUAUUACAUGUACAUAAGAUACAAAUGUUUGAAUUUGGCGCACGCUAUAAAAAUGAGUAAAAAAAUCGAGGAACAUGGCUGAUCAAAUUUAUAUGAAAACAAUAAUUGCAAUUUUCCACAAAAAAUAACAGCUUGAAAAGGCAAUUUCUUGGUAGUGAAAUAAGCAUGAAACAUUUAAAAACGUUUGAAGCAAUAUUUUUCAGUACUUCCAUUUCCUAACAUUUAUAACACUGAUAUAAAUAAUGCCUGAAUAAUUGGCAUGCACAAAAAAUAUAAAAUGAAAGUAUGAAACAAGCAUCUGCAAUUAAUCUGCAAUAUCUUUUAUAAAAACGAUAACGCGAUAUUGGAUCAAAGCAUUUAAGUAGGAUCACAUAUAAUAUUAGCUCUUGAAAAAAUCUUAUGUAACAAACUGUACUUACACAUUAUUUUCCCGUUUUUAUGCAUUGUGGCAGUGGCAAAAGUCGAUUGGAGCAUGUCCAAUUGUGGUUGGAGUUGGUAACCCACGUUCUGGCAAGACGACUGCCUCCAAAGUUGCAUUAUCAGCAACGGGAGGUUGGCCCAAGCAUUUUUUAUCUUCAUUUACUGACAAGGUAUUUGUUACCAUAACACAUAUACUGUACUGUAUACUGUACUAUAUACAGCAUAUACAUUGGUUUUGUAUACUGUAUAUCAACAACAGAGCAGGCAUAUAGCAGAUUGCCCUUGUGUCCACUUUUUUUGGUUCCCUUUCGCUAAUCAGUAACAAAACAGUUAAGACUGAGUCACUUUUUUGCAUCCGACAUCAUCAGGUCUGAUAUAUGCUACGGUAUUUUACAGGUUUGUAAUAGAGUUGCUGCAUGUACAACAUUGGGAUUCAUUGCCGAUGAUCCAACAGAUCCAAAAGACCUUGGGGAGCAAGCUAAGCGCUUUUUCGAUGCUGGUACAGAGACAUCAUGUGCAGGAAAUUGGACGCCCCAGUGUUGCCCCAUAUUUACUGCCAACGAGCAUGUUGUAGAUUGGCUGUUGAAGCCUGAAUUAAAGAGCUCGGUAAGAGUUACUUGGUGCAUUGUUACUGCUCAUGGUUUUAUUUUUACCAUUCACUAGCUUGUUAGUUAUAGUGACCUUGCUGCUGAAAUAUCUUCAUUUUUUUUAAUCAUUCUAGUUUACUGGAUCGUGUCCUUCUGAUACCAGUUCAGGGAAGAAACACAAGGAGUGUGGACGAAUGUUGGGAUUACAAUUUCAGCAAACUACUUCCAGGGGUAUCAAGUGUCAUUGGGGAAAUUAUUUACAUUGGGCAAUGGAUAAGCACGCAGGAUGGUACAAACUUCCGAAAAGAAUGUGGUGAAAUUGUUCGAGCAGCAUUUGGAGAAAAGGGUGAUGGAUCACGUAUGUCGAAAAUGUGGACUGCUGGACUCCUUGUUGCUAGAAAAGUAAUUUAAUGUUUUACUCAAAUUGUAUAGUUCAAGCAUGCUGAAUUCCCACCCUGAAAAACCAUAUCAAUUCUUAGAUGAAUUAUCCAGACAAGGUCAAUGUUGUCUUCCAAAGGCUGAGGCAGAUAAGCUUGACCGAGGUCUGUAUAAUUCUUGAUAUCAAUGCAAAAGCCAAAUUCAAUAAUUGUCUUAUCAUACAAUAAGAAAUAUUGUCAGUUGUCACAUUAAAAUUAAUGUCACCCACAAACAAUUUUCAAUGUCUUUGUAGGUGGCACCAUAAGACAUUGAAAACUGCCUGUAGAUUCUUUGCUAAUCACAACAGAGACUGCAUCAGCAUUGUAUAUUAAUUAUAUUUAUGGUGGAAAUAACAGAUAACCUUACCAUUAGUUGGUGAAUGAUUGAAUUUACUUCCACACAGUUUUUCAUAAUUUGGAUUGUAAUAUUCAGGUGUCACCAUCUUAAGUUCGUACUGUAAUAUGAAAUAUACAGUGCUCAUGCAUUUCUUUAAACAUCCUGAAAAUUACACAAAUAAAAUCUAAAUUACUAUAAUAUCUCAAAGGCCCAAAGGUAUUUAAUUUCUAUUGUUAGUAAUAUGGCCAUACAGUACAGUACAUUUAACCAUACAGUACAGUUUGGCCAUACAGCACAGUACAUUUUAUUAAUUGUUUUAAUUAGACUAUUCAUCUGUAGGUGAAUAUUUAUCACUUAUUUACAGAGACCGAGGGAAACAGUGUGUUUUGUGGACCCGAGACCAUCCAUGUUUCCUGAGGCAAAGCCGAGGGAAACAUCGACGGUCGAGGGUCCACAAAACACACUGCUUUCCCGAGGUCUCAGUAAAUAAGUGUUUUAUUAUAUAUCAAUAGUCAAAGAAACAAGAAAUUAAAGAACAAAUGAACGUAAAUACAUGAAAUAUUUUAUUAAACACUGGCUACACUGCAGUUACUUAAAUCGAAAGUUUUAAUUACGUACUACGCAUGUCCAAAAGUCGCAUCUUCACAUUAUGGCGCACAUGAUUUUUUUUGUUAUUCGCCGGUCGAUAACGUAUUAUCUCCCUCUCGCGCUGUUGCGAGGGAGACAGCCUAAUUUCGUCACUCUCACGUGAUAUGCUCUCAACCAAUAAAACACUAGAAAAUUGCGACUUUGAAUAUUGAUAUAUAAUAAAACAGCUUAUUACCAUAGGCAGCCAAAUGUUAUGGUUGCCUGCCUGUGCGCAGGCGAGGCAUUGUAUUGUAUUAUUUCCAUUAUUAUUAGGAAAUAAUACAACUAUACAAUGCCUCGCAUGUGCGACAACCAUAACAUUGGGCUGCCUAGUGCCUAUGUUAUUACGUCAAAUUUGUCCAAUCAACGUGUAUGAUUUGUUAUGUUCACUUGUGCAAAAAUACUAAUACAGUAUAGUACACAAUUAUGAAAGCAUCUAGAAUGCCAGCUUUAUCUUUUCACAGAUGGCACAAUUAACAACAGCAGUGGAUGAUAAAGACCUAAUUGCUCAUUUUUCCGAGAUAAUAGCACCAUACUGCUUGAUGCGAAAGACUCAGUUGGGAACUGCAGUUGUACCAAACUAUCAGCCAAUGGUAACUUGUGAAGAUGACAUUGUUAGUACGAUUGAAGAAUCGCUUGUGUCAAUGGUAAAUGCUUCAGAUGGUAAAACGGUAUGCACAUCUACAGUGUAACAUGUUUAAACAAAUAAAAUCAACAGAUCAAGGCUGAAAAAAUUAAAUUGGAUUAUCACAUACUUGGUGUUCGAAAUGACCACCAAGCAUAUAACUAGAGGUGUGCAUCGGGUCGGAUUGAACGUUUAUAAUCUGACAAUUGCCUAAUGUUUUAAACAUUUUAAAUCUGAUCGGACAUAUCCGGAAUUGCUAAUCCAAAUCCGAUCCAAGCUUUGAUAAAGAAUUCCGAUCCGAUCCAAACAAUCCUUUGAUAAAAUAAAUUUCAAUCUGAUUCAAAAUGUAUAUUUUUGUUCCAAAAUCCGAUAAUAUAAACACAAAAUAUUUUAACAAGCGCAUGUACCCAGAAACAAAAAUACCCUAAAAACCCAAAUACUGUCUCUUUAAAAAAGUUUUUAACACAAUUAUGUUUUUUGACUGUGCAAUCUGCAGUGAGACUGGAUUUUCACCACCUCCGCAUUCUUACUUUACUGUAAAAAUUUUUUGUUUGUGUCAUAUUUAUUAACGCGUAUUAUAGGGCUAUAUAAGGGCUAUAUAAGUAGUAAUUCCACAUAAAACAACUGUAUAUUUUGAUAGGUCCAAAUAUUAUAUUUUGAUAGGUCCAAACAUUUCUUCCCUCCAACAAGAAUGCAAAGUUUGAAUCAACAGUGGAUGAACCAGCAAUUGCUGUUAGACUGCGAAAAAUUGCAAAGUUCCAAGAGGACAACAACAAACCAAUUUUAAAUAUAAAAAACACCAAGCGGAUACUUUCUGUGAAUCAAUCAGGUAGAAUAUAAAUAUCAUUGUUAUAUAGUUAGUGUCAAAGUUCAAUUUUUCUGUUUGCCGAUUGGUGAAAACUGUAUCAUAUGUCGGUCCACAAAACGUCAUGUUCACUGCAUACUUUGGUGAAGAGGCAUUACUGGUCAACAAUGAAACAUUUAUUGACCGGUCAACAAUAGAAUGGGUGCAAUGCGCAUGCAGUAGACAUCAGUCACAUCAUGUGGUACAUUUAUAAUUAACCUUUAAGACAGUUUAAGUAACAAUACACCCAGAUGUGCCUUAAUUUAUUAUUUUAUAAUGCCAUACAAUCUUACUUGUCAGGGGGAGAUUUCUGCUACUCAAUGGGUUAAAUGAUGUAUAUGCAACAUGUCAAUAAAUACACCAUUGAAUGUCAUAAGGUACACCAUUGAAUUAAUUUAAUUCUGUAAUUGGUUUUCAGGUAAACACUCUGAUCAAAGGUUCUGGUCACCAAGCAAACAGAUCAUGGCACCUAAAAGUUGUGUGCUAAUUAAAAGAAGUCUGUUUUCAGAAGGAAGCCUUAAUAUUUUUGAAACUGCAGGUAAUAUGUGUUUCAGUAACCAAAGCAAUUUGACGUAUAUGCCCGCUUGCAUAAUUUACCAUUUUUUUACUGAACAUGUUGGUUGGAGUUCACUAAAUCAUAUAACAAAAAAGUUUAAAAAAAACUUACCUCAUCAGCAAUGCAUCAAUAAACCUGCAGCACCAUACUAAAAUGUAAAUAAAUUAUGUUACUUUUGUUAGCAGGAGGAGAUGCAAGAGCUGAAGGCAACCAAAAGACAUGUUGUCAUAAAAGUGUUCAAUGUAAAUAACAUGUUUCCUUCAACCUUCUUUAAAAAUGUAUAUUCAUCUAAUUCCACUUUUAUUACUGUUUACUAAUUUUUAGGUGGAAAUAGCACAUCUUUUGCUGAAAAAGGCACUCAAUGUAAGAUAAUAAUCUAAAUAAUACAUACUUUUAAGUGUUUAAGCGUACCUACCAUGGAUGUCAGAAUGGAGCACAUUUACAUAUAUAUAUAUAUAUAUACACACACACACACACACACACACACACACACACACACACACAUACAUAUAUAAUAAUAUAAUAUAUAAUGAAUGUAUAUUUGUCUUUUAGAUGAGUUGAUAUUGAAUGAAACGGUGAUGACAAAGGUUCAAACGACACUCACCUCACCCUUUCAAUUAUCCACCAGCAGCACUCAACCGUUAGUCACAACGUCUGAAUUAUCCACAAACAUUGUUCAACCAGUACUUGCAUCCCCUGGACUAUCCACCAGCAGCACUCAAUCAGUACUUGUGUCCUCUGAUUUAUCAUCAAACAGUGCUCGACCAGUACUUGCGUCCUCUGAAUUAUCGACAAACACUGCUCAACCAGUAGUUACAUCAUCUGAACUGCUCACAAACAGUGCUCGACCAGUAAUCGUGUCCCCUAAUUUAUCCAUAAACAGUGCUCAAUCAGUAGUUGUAUCCUCUGUUGAAUUAUCCACCAGCAGUGCUCGACCAGUACUUGCGUCCCCUGAAUUGCCUACCAACACUGCUCAACCAGAAGUUGCAUCCUCUGAGUUAUCAACAAACAGUGCUCAAACAGUAGUUGAGUCCCCUGAAUUGCCUACCAACAGUGCUCAACCAGUAGUUACACCAUCUGAACUGCUCACAAACAGUGCUCGACCAGUAAUCGUGUGUCCCCUAAAUUAUCCAUAA